ACCUGCAGAUACUGCACCAUCAAUGGCUCAAUCACAAGGGAAAUCAAAGUUGAACGAUUCUCCGUCAAUGGCUCAAUCACCAGGGAAAUCAAGCUUAGAUGAUUCUCCCGAUUAUUCUGCUGAUUCUUUACAUUCUGGUUCUGUAUCAUUUGGAAGAUUUGAAAAAGAACCCUUAUUUUGGGAGAGGAGGUCAUCUUUCUCGCACAAUAGAUAUCUUGAAGAGGUUGAGAAAUUCUCGAAACCAGGUUCAGUAAUUGAGAAGAAAGCUUAUUUUGAAGCUUAUUUUAAGAAGAAGGGCAUUCGGUUUCCAGGUUCAUCUGAGGUUCAUUAUGGGGGAGAAAAUCAAACUAGUGAGAUUGAUGAUGCGGAGAAUGAGCGUUAUAGAGAUGAAUCUAAUAAUGUGAAUGAGGUUGGUUGUUAUGAUCGAUUUGAUAAGAGUAGCUUUGACGAGGUGGGUUGCAGAGAAGAAUUUGCUUAUGGGAACCAAGGAAGCCAAUUUGAUUAUGAUUAUGAAAAUGAACGGGCCAAGUUUGAUCAUGCUAAUGAAGGUAGCCAAUAUGGUGAUGAAAAUGAAAACGUGCAGUUUGAUCAUGAAAUUUUAGGAGGUCGCUAUGCUCCCUUCAACAGGAGCCGUGAAUGUUCAGAAUAUCUCUGUGAGGGUGAAGUAAUUGAGUGUGAAACAGAGGGUCAUAGCGUUUUAUCUUCCAAGAUUCAGGUGGAAGCUGAGGAAGUGAAUGCUGAUAUUGUGGUGGGCGAUUUCCCUAAAGUGUUUGAGGAUGAGGAAACGGAUCAAAGUGGAAUUGGAUUGGGUAAGCCACUUAAAUAUGAUGAACCAGAAAAAGAAGUAGAACAGAAUCUUAAUGAUUCUGUAGUUCAUGUUGAUGAAUCAUUUAAGUCCAUUGAUUCAUCACCCAAAAGUGGACGAGUUAGGGAACCUGACGCUGCUGGUUCAGAAGAUCAAAAGAAUAUUGCCCCAAAGUUUGAGGCUUCUGUGGAAGGUAAAUCUGUCAAACCCAGAUUGAAGUCCCAGGUUAAGCCCAGUUCCUCCCCCAUAAACAUAUCUUAUGGUACACCAAAAACUGCUGCAAAGGGUCAGAUUCAAACGGAAAAAGAGACUCCAGGGAGAAUGGUAACAAAAAAGUUAUCAUCAAAAGCUGCCACUCCAGCUAGACGUCCAUUACACAAAUCUUCAAUAAAAGAGGAGUGCAAAAGAUCAAAUGGAAAAUUUAAUGUUGAGAACAAAAGUGUAAAAGGAGGACCAAGGGUAAAGAAAGCAGUUGAAGCUCCACCUUCUCAUUCAAAUAAAACUCAACCUGUAGCACAUCAAACGCCAAGCAGGCUUCGUCAGAAGGUCUAUUCACCACUGCCAGACAAAAAGACGGUAUCUGCAGCUUUCAAUUUUAAAAGUGAUGAGCAAGCAGAAAGGAGGAAAGAGCUUUGCAUGAAGUUGGAAGAGAAGAUGCAUGCAAAAGAAGCUGAGAUGAACCAGAUCCAAGCAAGAACCCAGGAAAAGACUGAGGCUGAGAUUAAACAGUUGCGGAAAAGCCUUAAUUUCAAAGCAAAACCCAUGCCUUCCUUCUAUCAUGUUGCUGCAACACCAGGAUCUAAUGGAAGCAAGGUACGUUAGAAUAAUAACUAUUGGUUUCUUUUCUGAUGCCCUUACUUUCUUGUGUUCGGUGGGUCAAAUUUUCAGUUCUAUCUCACCCAGUAAGGACUUAUGAAUCACAGAUAUGAACGGACAUGGCUGCAUAUUUAUAAUUCACUUGUCUGCACAAGAUAAGAAACAAUUGAAUUCUAG